GAUUUGGUCACUGUAUGGACACUUUUGGAUCCUUCUAUUUGAAUUCGCUAAGAAACCUACAGACUUAACUUUAUAGAUUUCCAGUUUAUUUUUAAUGCUCUCCGUAAUAGCGCGAUUUUGCUAUAAUAAUUUGCCAGGCGCUGUUUUCGCUAAUGAUUGUAUUAGCACAUCAGUAUGAAGUAAGCUACCAAAGUUCAGACUAGAGACGGUUGGAACAGCCGACAUUUUGAUUUCGUCAGACGACUACGGCUCAGCUGAUCGAUGACGCUGCAUACCUACUUUUACUGCUUACAAGUUUAAUAUUGUAAUAUUAAUAAUUUAUAUCUUACAAGUUAAAAAACUUAUUAGAAACUGUGUUUUUUCCCCAAUUGGGGUUCCUUGCUACGGUAGAAUAUCGCCGUGGUUAGAAGGGGACAAGAUCUUACUGGAAGGAGUAAUCUGCCUACUUACGACCAUACCUGCAGAAAUCGAGGACCUGUCCCACCUACCUACAAUCAACAACUGUUGGAGACACCAGAGGCUCUUCUACUACAGGAUAGUAAAGCCUUUUAAAUUGGUUCGCAUUAAAGCCAAACUAUUGUGAGCAUCAAACCCAUGACCUGUUCUGCCUAUUAUAGCUGCUUAUUUUUCUAAAGUGGAAUUGUCUUAUUUGAACACUUCCUAGAUAAAGUGUUACAAGAGCGACUGGUCCAGACGGGUUGCAUGGUAUAGUUUUCUCCAUAGCUCUCGUACACCUUGGAGAAAUCCUUCGGGAAUUGUUUAACCGCUGUUUCCAGUGCGGUCAGUUCCCGAAGGCGUGGAAGGAAGACCGCCUUGUCCUGCUACCGAAAGGCGGGAGGCCACUGGACAGUGCCUCGGCGAUGAGGCCGAUUGUAUUGCUGAAUAUGGUGGGCAAAAGGCGUUUGAACGCGUCAUUGCCUCCCGCCUUGUUCAGCAUUUAGAAGGAGGUCCCGGACCCAGACUGUCAGAUGAUCAGUUCGGGUUUCGGGCCGGUCGGUCGACCGUCGACGCCAUAGGGCGCUUAAGGUCAGUGAUGCUGGAGGCGGAACGCAGAGGGGAGGUGGUGGUGGUGGUGUCCUUGGACAUCGCUAACGCCUUCAACAGCCUCCCUCACAGCGUAAUACGGGAGGCACUCGAUUACUUUGAGGUGCCUGCGUAUCUUGGGAGGCAGUUGAACGCAUACCUCUCCGACAGGGAGAUAGUGUACGAGGAUCGGUCGGGGUCCUUAGUAAGGGUCGAGGUCGAUUGUGGUGUCACACAAGGUUCGGUUCUGGGUCCGAACCUUUGGGACCUUGGCUAUGACUGGGCCCUGUGGAAGGAUUACCUCCUACCCGGAAUGGACUUCGUCUGCUAUGCAGACGAUAAGUAUAUCACAUUCCGGGGAAAGACGUAUAGGGAUGCUGCGCGGCUGGCUGAAGAGGGGAUAAGCCUCGUUCUCAGCCGCAUUGAGCAGCUUGGGCUUCGGGUUCGUAUGGAGAAGACCGAAGCCGUGCUCUUCCACGGGCUAGGGAGGAAAGAGUGCACGUCUCCUUGUCGGAGAGUCGGAGGUCAGGGUGAGUCCGACACUCAAAUGUCUUGGACUCAUCCUGGACGGGAGGUGGACCUUCGGCCCACACUUCCAACAACUGGGACCGAAGGUCGUGAGGGCGGCGUCAGCGCUGGGCCGGCUACUGCCAAACAUAGGGGGGCCCAGUGGAGCCUGCAGGCGGCUGUACUCCGGGGUCUGCCGGAGUAUAGCCUUGUACGGUGGUCCAAUUUGGGCGGACUCCCUCAGCUGCGAAGAGCGCAGCGGGUCAUAUCGGUGAGGGUUAUCAGGGGGUACCGUACGGUCUCCUGGGUGGCAGCCACUGCUCUGGCUGGAGAUCUCCCGUGGGAACUCGUGGCUAUGGUGCCCGCCGAGGUGCGCCUCUUUGUUUCACAGAGGAGGUCACUUUUUGGUGAGUCACCGAAUUGGGAGGAGCUCUCGCGGGUGCGAAAGCUGGGGCAAGAGUGGUUGCUACGAAGGUGGGGUGAGGAUCUGGCGCAGACCCGGUACGGUCAACGUACCGCCGAGGCACUGCGUCCAGUUCUUGCGCCGCAAGAAGAAACCCCUCACCUUCCGCCUUACACAGGUGCUCACCGGCCACGGAUGCUUCGGUAAGUACCUGUGUAAGGUCGCCAGGAGAGAGCCAA